AUGAAGAGACUGAGAUCCAGUGACGAUCUCGAUUCGUAUGGAAAGGAUCCGAAUCCGAACCCCAACCCGAACCCCAGCCGGACCUCCUCUUCUACCUCGCACAGAAGCUUCUACUACAAACCAGACACUGUACGCAAGGGUUUGCUCUCUUCCUCCUCGUCGGCGUCUUCUCUGGCGCCGGCUCGCUCCUACGAUGAUCGGGACUCGGCCGGCGCCGGCGGCGGGUCCAGGACCGCCCGGAAGAGGCCGGAGCAAGAGUUCGACGGGUUCGACCGGAGAAAAGGGCUGGAUCGGUAUAAUAGAGAUGGCGGAGGGUACGAUCGUAGCUCGAUGCACAGGUCGGAGAGCUUCUCCGUGUCCAGGCGGUCGCCGGCGGAGUUUCCGAAAGGUUUUCGAUCGGAGCGGGACCGGCCGAGGCGCGAAGGAAGCGGAGCGUUGUCGUGGCGGAGGUUUGGGAAGGAGUUUGAGGAGAGAGGAGGGAAGGGGUUGAGGGAUGUGAGGUCGCCGACGUGGUCGAAUUCGAGAGAUUCGGGGAGCGAACAGUCUAGGGUUAGGUCUCCGGUGAGGAGAUUUAGGGAUGGAAAGGGGUCGAAAUCGGAGUCGAAGUCCAAGUCACCGACUUGGUCCAAGGACUCGGUGGGGAGUGAGCAGUCGAAGAGUGUUGAGGUGAGGAAGAGAGAGACGGAGGAGGUUCAGGUUGAGAGUGGGAGUAGGGCUAGUAGUGAAAUGGAGGAAGGUGAGCUUGAGCCUGAAGCUGAAGCUCAAGCUGUAGCUGGAGCUGGAGCUGAAGGAGGUGAAGGUGAAGGUGAAGGUGAAGCCCAAUUGGGUCCUGAAGGUGGAGCUGAAAUGGAAGAAGCCCAGGAUCGAACUGGGUCCGAUACGGAUACCAAUAAGGUUGAGGAGAAAGGUGAGCCUUUCUAUGAAGACGAGGUGAGGGAGGAGAAAGAUGAGUCUUUGGAUGAGGAAGAGAAUAGGGAUGAGAAAGGCGAGUCUUUGGAUGAAGAAGAGGUGAAAGAUGUGAGUAAAGAGAAUGUGUGUGAAAGGAAAGAUGAGGAAAAGAAAGAUGAGGGGUUGCCAAAUAGUGAGAAUGAUAUGAUUGAUGAAGCUGGGAAUAUGGAAGGUCAUGAAGAUAGGGAUGGUGAAAAAGAGAGUUUCAGGGAAGGUAAUGAGUGCAAGGAGGAAGUGAGCAAGGGCGUGGUUGUGGAGAGGUCGAUGGAAUUGGAAGAGGGACCAAAGCAAGACAAGGGAAUAGACCUUGAAGUGAAGCUGAGGAUGAUGAUGAUGAUGAUGACGAAAUCACCGAGUCGGAUAAGGAAGUAA